UCCCCGCUGUCAUCCUCCGCCGCCGCCGCCGCCGUCAUCCCUACCCCUCUUCGUCUCUUCUCCCACCCGUCAAGAUCCUACCUUUCCCAUUCCACCCCACCUCUCCACCGCCGCCGCAGCCGAAGGCUUCGACCCCAUCGACCAGUUCCUGCCCCCCCGAGCCCUAGCCCCGCCGCCUCUCCCUUCUCCGCGAGACCCUCCUCGCCCUCGCCCGCGCCCUCAAGACCGCUCCCGAAUGCCUUCCCGCCCCUCAAGCCCUCGCCUUUGGCUUCCGCUCCGGCGUCCUCCGCUCCUUCCCACUCCCCCGCCCCGCUCUCGCCUUCUUCGCUCGCUCCCUCCCGACCUCUCCGCCGCCACCGUCCGCUCCUGCUGCGCCGCCGCCCACCUCCUAGCAGCCGACCCGGCCCUCAAACCGCUCGCCCAGGACCUCCUCGCCUCCCUCCUCCAUCGAGUCGGCCCCCUUUGCGGCGCCGAGCUCCUCCUCUGGACCGACCACCACCGGUACCUCCGGUCCUACCCUACCGUCCUCCAUUUGGUUCUCCGUGCCUUUCUCAAUGCUGGAAUGGCUCCAGAAGCCUUAGAAGUAGUGCGCCGAAUGAGAGGCCGGGGGAAGACGCCAUUCUUCAAAGGCUGCUAUUCAGAAGGGGUGACUCGGAGAGUGCCUGGAAAUUGUUUAAAGAUAUGAUUGGCACAGGCCCCCAGCCGAGCUCGAGGACCUUCAAUGCAAUGAUUCUGGGGUCUUGCCGAAAAGGAGCCGUCUCUGUUGGCAAGGCCCUCCUCGGGGUGAUGCAAAGAUUUCAUUGUGAGCCUGACGCAUGCAGCUACAAUAUCUUGUUCAAGGCACAUUGUGUGUCUGGGCGGUCCUCCGAUGCCUUUGAGUUGUUUGAUUCAAUGCUUGACUCUGGUUGUGCUCCAAAUGUUGUUACUUACAAUAUACUUAUUGAUGCUUUGUGCCAGGAGGGAAGAAUGGAGGAAGCAAAAAAGGCCUUUUGAUGGUAUGGAAGAAGAGGGCCUUGAAUCUAACACAAUUACUUAUAAUGUUCUAGUCAAUGGGUAUGUGAAGGCAUGGCAAAUUGAUAAGGCGAAUGCAGUCUGUAGAGAGAUGAGGGAGAACGGACUGACCCCUGAUUGCUACACCUUAAACAUUCUUGCUGCGGGGCAGUGUAAGUUCCACAAGG